GCGGUGACGAGGGAGAGGACCUCCUGGCAGCAGGACCAGCGGCCCUGGGACCCGUGUCCGGGAAGCCGCGCAGGGUGGCAAGAGGCCAGCUUCCCCUGUUACCGGGUGACACUGGAGUCAAAGGGCAGGGCGGGGAGGGUGCAGGCCAGCUGGGUGUAGCCCAGGACACCUGGAGGCUGGCGUGACACUCCCCGCACGUCAGAGGGUUCCCACAGAGCAUGGCGGGCAGCCUGGAGGUGGUGGCUAUGGACUGCGAGAUGGUGGGGCUGGGGCCACUGCAGGAGAGCGGCCUGGCCCGCUGCAGCCUCGUGAGCCUCUCCGGUUCGGUGCUGUAUGACAAGUUCAUCCGGCCCGAGGGGGUGAUCACCGAUUACAGGACUCCAGUCAGCGGGGUCACACAUCUGCACAUGGAGGCGGCCACACCCUUCCCCGAGGCCCGACGAGAGAUACUGCAGCUCCUGAAAGGCAAGCUGGUGGUGGGUCACGACCUAAAGCACGACUUCAAGGCGCUGAAGGAGGACAUGAACAGCUACGCCAUCUACGACACGUCCACCGACUGGGUGCUGUGGCGCGAGGCCAACCUGGAGCACUGUAAUCGCGUGUCCCUGCGGGUGCUGUGCGAGCGGCUCCUGCACAAGCGCAUCCAGAACAACCUGUUGGGACACAGCUCUGUGGAAGACGCAAAGGCCACUAUGGAGCUCUACCGGCUCUCGCAGCGGAUCCGAGCCCGCCAGGGGCUGCCCCGCCUGGCAGGGUCGGACUGAAAUGACCUAGGCCCACUCAGCUCCAGGACCACAGGCUCCCUCCACAGUGGCAGCAGCUCCCCUAAGAGCUUUUGGAAGAUGCAUUCCUACUAGUAAAAAAGUUCUCUAUCUUGUCUUCCUUCCCCCUCCGAGCUGGGUGAGCCAUGCACAGGACCCAGGCUGUGUGUCACAUGCUGCGAGGGGUGGUGCCCGUAUCCUCCUGGUGGGCGGGGCCACUUCCUGAACACCUUGACCCUGGGGAGUCCACCGAGCUACCUGGGAGUCCAGGUGACAAGUGGCUUCAUGGCUCCCUCCGCCCCCCUUUUCCUGUAGCAUUUAUGUCCGGAAGGGAGGCACUAUUUCCUGGAAUGGCACCCUGCUCUGGGAUCCAUCUCUCUCAUGAGGCCAGGGCCAUAGUACUUGUGAGCUUCGAAGCAAAGGUAUCACGCUAGCUGUAAAUUGAGGAUAAAGAUAGUGAACUCUGAGUCCUGUCCUGGCUGAAGCAUCCACCAAAGUCAGUCACUAUUGUUAUCCCCUGACCACCUGCAGAUCUGUACUCUACCCUGAGGGCCCAGCUGGAAGACAAGAUUUGGCCUCAUUAGAAUCAACUGUAGGAUUGGGAGGACUACUGGGGGUUGUACCCGGGGCCUUCACACUGAGUUACAU